UAUUGCCCCAUGGGUGGUUCCCCCACCUCCAGGCCAGGCAGGUAUAAAGCUAUUUCCCCAGGCCAAAAGAACCCAGAAGGAAGAAAACGGUCACCAUGUCUUCCCAAAGCCGAGAGCGAAACUGGAGCCCAGGGGGCCUUGGCUUCUAUCUUUCUAGAAUCCUGUCGCUGCUGUUGCUGUUAGUGACCUCAACCCCGAGCCCCAAGGCCUGCCUCGUGUCCAAUUCGGUCAAUGGCAGCUCCAUCAACUGCCACCCACCUGCCGAACCCCCCCGCCACCUCCCAGCUGACACUGUCUACCUGGUUGUGGAGUUCUACAACCUGACGCAGCUGCCGGCUGACACUCUCCAGGGCGCCUCCAGCCUCCAGGAAUUACACCUUUCCAAUAAUCGGCUGGCAAACCUCUCGGCCGAGUUCCUGCUGCCGGUGCCCCGGCUGGAGGUGCUGGAUCUGACCCACAAUGCCCUGUCCCGGCUGCCCCCUGGCCUCUUCCAGGCCUCCUCCGCCCUCCACACCCUAGUGCUGAAGGACAACCACCUGGAAAUCCUGAAGGCCUCAUGGCUGAGUGGCUUGAAAGCCCUGGCGUUUCUGGACCUGUCUGGGAAUUGCCUCCGGACGCUGCCCCCUGGGCUGCUGGCCAACCUCACAGCCUUGCAAACCCUUGACCUCAGUGAGAACCUGCUGGAGGUCUUGCCCUCCGACCUCCUGAGGGGCCCGGUGCAGUUGGAACGUCUACACCUGGACAGCAACAGGUUGAAGGUGCUGGGGGAUGACCUGCUGGCGCCCCAGCCGGGCCUGCGUUACCUCUUCCUGCAAAAGAACAGCCUGGUCGCUGUGGCCGCCGGCGCCUUCCAGGGCCUGCGGGAGCUGGACAUGCUGGACCUCUCUGACAACAUACUGACCAGCGUGCCCACGGGGCUCUGGGCAGCCCUGGGGCAACCAGCCCGGGCCAUGAAGGAAGGCUUCGACAUCUCCGGCAAUCCCUGGGUCUGCGACAGGAACCUGGAUGACCUCUAUCGCUGGCUCCUGGCCAACAAUGACACGAUGUUCUCCAGGAAGGACACGCUCUGCGCUGGGCCCGAAGCCCUGAGGGGGCGGGCCCUCCUGGAAGGUGGUUGGCUCCCAGUGAGAUGAGGUUGAAGGGACACUGCACCCCACUUGGCAAAUAACCCCACCCUUUCUAGGUGUGAAAUUUGAGGCUCUUCCAUAGUUGCCCCCAGGCCCUUUUGACCCACGUUUCCCGAAAUAGGUCCGGGGCCUUCUGGCCUCCCUGCCUUUAUGCCAGCUGCGUUUUCAGUCUGAAACGCCUGUCUCCCUGUUUCCUCCAUCUCUUUGCCUCUGGGCUCUCCCCGCUCUGGGGGUAUCUUCGUCCAGCUCUGUCUUCUCCACAUGGGGGGCUCCCUUAGUGCAGGUCCUGGAGCUGAGUCCCCUUGUGCCCAGCAUCAUUCAGCUUGGGGCCAGAUCUGAGAGCUUUAAUAAAGAACCAUUGAACAGAAUUGAAAGAAUCCAUAUUUGUCUCUCGGUAGGCUUCCUAGGCUUCCAGAAUGAAGGAGGGAGGAGAAGGGGUACCCAGGGCCUGGGAUGUGGGACAUGGGCUCCCCAGUUGAUGGCAGUUGGGAUUUGAUGGCUCCUGUCUCCUCCUCCUCCUCCUCCUCCUCCUCCCCCUACCCCGGGACUGAACUGGCAAGAAGACUCUGACUGCUGCCCGGGUGUUGUUUUCCUGGUGGACUUCUGCCAGAGCCUGUGUCCCAGGGAAGGUUUAAAUUAAACUGGAUUGCUUCACGUCUCCAAACAAUCUGUCCUACUGGACUGCAAUCACCCCAGGGGGCUCCCACCCAGGACAAGAGUGGGGAGGAUGGUUGGGGCUGAAAAGAAGGGCAGGGCCACAGGGGGGCUAUGCUCUCACUCAGACCCUGGGGCCAGCUGCCAACUCAGCGCUGGCCAUGGUGGGGGCCAGGGUCAGAUUUGAGGGACCCUGGGAUGUUGGGAAGGAGCCCUGGUGGCACAGUGGUUAAAACACUUGGCUGCUAACCAAAAGGUUGGUUGUUCAAACCCAGCAACGGGUCCACAGGAGAAGGAUGUAGCCGUCUGCUCCCGUAAAGAUCUAUAGUGUUGGAAACCCUACGGGGCUGUUCUACUUUGUCCUAUAGGGUCGCUGGGAGGCAGAACCGACUCGAUGCAAGUGGGUUUGGGAUGUUGGGGCACCAAGCAGCAAAAUAGUGAUGCCCAUUUUUUUUCAAAUGCCAUGGAAGGGGGGUAGUGCCCAGGUUGGCAGUCAUUCUAGGGUGUGGUGAUGACAGCCAGGUUUGAACUGGAUCCCUCUUUCACUGUGGGUCUUGGGGCAAGUAGUUUAAGCUUUCUGAGCCUCGGUUUGCUCAUCUGUAAAGUAGGGAUCUGAGGAAAUGGGCUGGCCUGGCCUUUGGGUUAUCUAAACCAAAAACAAAACAAAACCCUGUUGCCAUGAAGUUGAUUCAGACUCAUAGCAACCCCAUGUGUACUGCAAACGGUUUGCACUGGAUUACUAACAUAAAGAAGCCCUGGGGGCACAGUGGUUAGAACUUGGCUGCUAACAAAAAGGGCACCAGUUCGAAUCCACCAACUGCUCCUUGGAAAACAUGUGGGGCAGUUUUAAUGUGUCCUACAAGGUCGCUAUGAAUUGGAAUCGACUCGACACCAAUGAGUUUGGUUACUAAUCUAAAGAAUGGAGAUUCGAACCCACCCAUCGACUCCACAGAAGAAAGGCCUGGCAAUCUACUUCUGUAAAGGUGACAGCCAAGAAAACCCUGUGAGUUUUGGGGGACAUCUAGCUCAACUGGCAUAACAUAGUUUACAAAGAAAAUCUACAUCCUACUUUGGUGAGUAGCAUCUGGGCUCUUAAAAGCUUGUGAGUGGCCAUCUAAGAUACUCCACUGGUCCCAUCCCAUCUGGAAUAAAGGAGAAUGAAGAAAACCAAAGACACAAGGGAAAGAUUAGUCCCAAGGACUAACUGACCACAUCUACCACAGCCUCCACCAGACUGAGUCCAGCACAACUAGAUGGUACCUGGCUACCACCACCGACUGCUCUGACAGGGAUCACAAUAGAGGGUCCUGGACAGAGCUGGAGAGAAACGUAGAACAAAAAAAGACCGGACUUACUGGUCUGACAGAAGCUGAAGAAACCUGAGUAUGGCCCCCAGAACCCUUUUAACUCAGAGCUGAAGUCACUCCUGAGGUUCACCCUUCAGCCAAAGAUUAGACAGGCCCACAAAACAAAUAAUAAUACAUGUAGCUCAGUCACACAUACGAGACUAAACGGGCACACCAGCCCAGGGGCAAGGAAGAGAAAGGAGGAGGCGACAGGAAAGCUGGACGAAUGGAAAUGGGGAGCCCAAGGUAGAGAAGGGGAGAGUGUCGACACAUUGCGGGGUUGGCAGAGAAUGUCACAAACCAAUGUUGUUGUUGUUGUUAGAUACCGUCGAGCUGGUUCCGACUCACAGUGACCCUAUGCACAACAGAAUGAAACACUGCCCAGUCCUGCCGCACGCUUACGAUCGUUAUGCUCGAGCCCAUUGUUACAGCCACUGCGUCAAUCCACCUCAUUGAGGGUCUUCCUCUUUUCUGCUGACCCUGUACUUUGCCAAGCAUGAUGUCCUUCUCCAGGGACUGAUCCCUCCUGACAACACGUCCAAAGUAUGUAAGAUGCAGUCUCGCCAUCCUUGCUUCUAAGGAGCAUUCUGGGUGUACUUCUUCCAAGACAGAUUUGUUCGUUCUUUUGGCAGUCCACGGUAUAUUCAAUAUUCUUCGCCAACACCACAAUUCAAAAGCAUCAAUUCUUCUUUGGUCUUCCUUAUUCAUUGUCCAGCUUUCACAUGCAUAUGAUGCGAUUGAAAAUACCAAGGCUUGGAUCAGGGGCACCUUAGUCUUCAGGGUGACUUCUUUGAUCUUCAGCACUUUGAAGAGGUCCUUUGCAGCACAUUUACCCCGUGCAAUGUGUCUUUUGAUUUCUUGACUGCUGUUUCCAUGGCUGUUGAUUGUGGAUCCAAGUAAAAUGAAAUCCUUGACAACUUCCAUCUUUUCUCCGUUUAUCAUGAUGUUCAUUGGUCCAGUUGUGAGGACUUUUGUUUUCUUUAUGUUGAGGUGUAAUCCAUACUGAAGGCUGUGGUCUUUGAUCUUCAUCAGUAAGUGCUUCAAGUCCUCUUCACUUUCAGCAAGCAAGGUUGUGUCAUCUGCAUAACACAGGUUGUUAAUGAGUCUUCCUGCAAUCCUGAUGCCUGUUCUUCUUCAUAUAGUCCAGCUUCUCGGAUUAUCUGCUCAGCAUACAGAUUGACUAGGUAUGGUGAAAGAAUACAACCCUGCCACACACCUUUCCUGACUUUAAACCAAUCAGUACGCCCUUGUUCUGUCCCAACACCUGCCUCUUGAUCUAUGUAAAGGUUCCUCAUUCUUCGCAAUGUUAUCCAUAGUUUGUUACGAUCCACACAGUCGAAUGCCUUUGCAUAGUCAAUAAAACACAGGUAAACAGCCUUCUGGUAGUCUCUGCUUUCAGCCAGGAUCCAUCUGACAUCAGCAAUGAUAUCCCUGGUUCCACGUCCUCUUCUGAAACCGGCCUGAAUUUCUGGCAGUUCCCUGUUGAUAUACUGCUGCAGCCAUUUUUGAAUGAUCUUCAGCAAAAUUUUGCUCGCCUGUGAUAUUAAUGAUAUUGUUCUAUAAUUUCCACAUUUGGUUGGAUCACCUUUCUUGGGAAUGGGCAUAAAUAUGGAUCUCUUCCAGUCAGUUGGCCAGGCAGCUGUCUUCCAUAUUUCUUGGCAUAGACGAGUGAGCACCUCCAGCGCUGCAUCUGUUUGUUGAAACAUCUCAAUUGAUAUUUCAACUGGUUUUUCACCAAUGCCUUCAGAGCAGCUUGGACUUCUUCCUUCAGUACCAUCGGUUCCUGAUCAUAUGCCACCUCUUGAAAUGGUUGAACAUCGACUAAUUCUUUUUGGUAUAAUGACUCUGUGUAUUCCUUCCAUCUUCUUUUGAUGCUUCCUGAGUCGUUUAACAUUUUCCCCACGGAAUCCUUCACUAUUGCAACUGGAGGCUUGAAUUUUUUCUUCAGUUCUUUCAGCUUGAGAAACGCCGAGCGUGUUGUUCCCUUUUGGUUUUCCAUCUCCAGCUGUUUGCACA